CCAUAAUUCUCUCACCUCAAACUUGGCUGUCGUCCUGCAUUCCCGCUCACUGCUGUUCUUUCAACCGAGUUCCUGGACCACGCGAACCGUGGUUCCCAUUCCCACCCUUCUUGCCACAACCUCUCUUUAUUCUCACUACAAACAGCCGGCCGCUGAGGGCUGAAGACUCACAAGAAUGGCUCCGAGUCUUCUGCUGCCCACGGAAGAGUCGCAGCCAUACUCACCUACAGUUGUGAAGCAAGCACCAAAGUUGGGUGUUGAGGGUGCAGUGUCACUGGAGGUGCAUACGCCUGCUGGUUCAAAUUUGUCUUUUUCUUCGUCUUCACCUUCUGCCAAUGGCAAUGGUCGCGCUACUCAUGGGUCUUCGAAUGGCAACGGGGUGUCUGCAGGCCAGCGCCAGGAACAACAUUUUAUUACCUCCCAGACGCUCCUAGAGCAAUCAAAGAUCUUCGCGUCCUCCAAUGCAGGCGCCCAUGGCACUUCCAAGAAGCCGAACAUCCUAUACAUUAUGGCCGAUCAGAUGGCUGCGCCCUUGCUCAAGAUGAACAACCCUGAUUCGGUCAUCAAGACUCCGAACCUUGACAAGCUUGCUGAGACUGGUGUGGUCUUCUCUUCCGCGUACUGCAAUUCGCCGCUGUGCGCUCCUUCUAGGUUCACGAUGGUCUCUGGGCAAUUACCAUCCAAAAUUGGUGGUUACGACAAUGCUUCCGUCCUCAACCCCGAUGUGCCCACUUACGCUCACUACCUACGCCGCGAGGGUUAUGAGACCGUUCUUGCUGGCAAGAUGCACUUCAUUGGCCCAGACCAGCUUCAUGGGUUUGAGCAUAGGCUGACCUCAGACAUUUAUCCUGGUGACUUGGGUUGGACUGUGAACUGGGACAAGCCUGAGGAGCGACAGGAAUGGUACCACAACAUGUCGUCAGUGAUGCAGGCCGGCCCAUGUGUUCGUUCCAACCAGCUGGACUACGAUGAAGACGUGAUGUACAAGUCUUCUCAGUGGUUGUACGACUGGACUCGUCAAGACCCUACCACUCGUCGUCCAUUCGCCCUGACGGUGUCUCUCACACAUCCACAUGACCCAUACACCAUGACUCGAGAUUAUUGGGAUCGAUAUGAAGGUGUCGAUAUCCCAUUGCCGAAGAUUCACAUUGACCGCGAGGAUCAAGAUCCUCAUUCCCAGCGCCUGAUGAAGACCGUCGAUCUCUGGGAUAACCCGAUACCAGAAGAAGCGGUCAUCCGGGCUCGACGAGCGUACUUUGGUGCGUGCUCGUUUGUCGACGAUCAGAUCGGAAAGCUCGUCCAGAUCCUGAAGAACUGCUACCUGGAUGAGAAUACGAUCAUUGUGUUCUCCGGAGACCAUGGGGAUAUGCUCGGAGAGCGUGAUCUCUGGUACAAGAUGUCCUGGUUCGAGAACAGCGCCCGGGUGCCCAUGAUCAUCAACUACCCGGCCAAGUUCGCACCGAAGCGUGUCACCGAAUCUGUAUCCACGAUGGAUCUGCUGCCUACCUUUGUCGAUCUAGCGAAUGGCGAUGCUUCGGCUAUCCUGCCCGUAGACGGCAAGAGUCUUUACAAUUACCUCGUUUCGGACGGACCAGGCAAGGACGAGGUGUUUGGUGAAUACAUGGGAGAAGGAACUGUCACGCCUGUAUACAUGAUACGGCGUGGCCCCUGGAAGUACACCACGUCACUCGUCGACCCUCCGCAACUCUUUAAUUUGGUAGAGGAUCCUCAAGAGCUCCUCAAUCUGGCUGAAUCACCCAAGCACGCGCACACCUUUGCAGCCUUCGAGGCCGAAGCAAAGAAAAAGUGGGACUUUGCGGCAAUUCACCAAGAUGUCUUGGCUGCCCAACGCAGGCGCCAGCUCUGUUGGAGCGCCUUGCGAAUUGGCCGCAAAGAAGUUUGGGAUUACCAGCCUCCAGGUAUUGAAAAAGACCGUUACAUACGGUCGCACAUCCCCCUCGAUGAUCUGGAGCGUCGUGCACGAUUCCCCGUGGUCGACCACCUUGGACGUGAGAAGUCAGCAGCCGCGAGUCACCACGGCAUCGCUGGUGCAGCCGGAGAGUAGAAUGACCCGAUCUCUCUUGAAUAUGUUGUAACUCUUGUGUAAUUUGGUUAUCGUUUGGCACCGACACAGUGGGAUCCAUGCUCGGCACAAUCUGCACUUGUCAUAUUCAGGAGCAUGCGAUCCAUUACAUUUCUAGCGUUCAAGCGAGUAUCUGAAUAUGGUGUAAAGGCGUAAGCAAAUUUUGGUACAUAAUAAC